CAUACGGAGAGCGCACCGAAGACUUGCUCACUCAGUUCAAUCUUGGUCUUUCUGCAGCUUCGUUCGCGCCUGGUACGCGUGUCCGCGGUUUUACAAGGUACAAGCGUUCCAAACCAAACGGCUUCCCGCACAAACUACGACAACGGUACGCGCUCAGAAGCGUUCUAGUCUCCGGUGCGACCCGCUGGAAGUUUGUGGUGUAAGUUUUGGAGGUGUACUUGUAAGCGAUUGAAAUUCCCAAAAAUCCCUAGCGCUUUCAAUCACUACUGGUGUGACACAAAUAGCCCUUUCUGGUUGCGGAGAAGUUCCGGAGGACCGGGAUUGUGAGAUCAUCUGAAAGGUGCACUGCACAAUGUGAAAACGGUGAAACGGUGGUUUGGUGGAUCAAAAGCAACCUCAAAACUUGUUGAUCCAAGCUUCUUGGAGCGGACGGAGCUACAACGCGCUCUAGACCGUGUGCCUAAGCGUCGCCCGUCGCCUACAUCUGGCCAAUUGAGAAUUCCGGCGUCUUUUCGUGCCUCUCUGUGGUGGUGGUGAACAUUCAGUUGCAAGGCGGCCCACAACAAUUACGUCAUUCGGGACGGGUGGGGCGGUGAUUAAUUAGAAUCCGGCCACAGAAUAUCCUACGCCAACGUGCUGCUGCCGUCUUCGGAGUCCAAUAGAGAAUCAAUACGAGAGUAGCCCCCCCACAGUGUGGAAGGGGUGCGUCAUACGCGAAUGCCCUGACCUAGACUGAGGCGAACACUGAAAAGUUUGGCUUGACGGAACAGUUUGGGAAAAAGUUUGAUCUCUUUUUCAACUUUUUGAAGGCUCGUGGAGUUGUCAUUAAACGAAAUUAAAACAUCAAAAAUUCAUAGCAACGGUGAAAGUGUCCAGUGAGUUUUUCGUUGGUCGUAAGGGAAGUUCCUGAAAUGAAUUAGGCCAAAGAAGCCAUUGCUGGGAUUUGGAACUCCCUGGAAAAGGUUACAAAAUCGUUGUGCAUUUGUGGUUCAACUCUAGUAUCAAUUUCCUCUUUGUGUAUUCGUGUGUGAGUGUGUAUUGUAUUUGUACGUGUGCACAGCAGUUUUCCGGUGACAAGUGCGUACAAGAGCCUCAAAGCACCUUUGUGUAUGUGUAUUUGUGUGAGUAUUUGAAGUUUAACACCAGUGAAAGGAGGGUGACUGGGGUGUUCGUCCCUGUGCAUAAUCCUUAUCCGUACGUAUACGUGUAUGUAUGUGUAUGUGUGCGUGUGUAUCGUGAUUUCGUAAUAUUUCCCCCUUUUUUGUAAUCAGCGGACGCGGAAUUCCCUACCGCUAAAGAGGGUGGUGCAACGCGUCCUUACGCUUACGCUUCCGAGCAUUUUGUGCGUUGGGUUGCCUCUGUGUGGCUGUGCCUGUUUGUACUACGAGAGUUUCAUUGAAAGUGGAAGGUUGCUGUAUUGUGGAAAAUUGGUUUUCCCCCUUUUUGGUCUUGGUUCGACGUAAAACGGUUCAAAUAAAAGGGGUCGUUCGAACGUUUUGCCCUGGCCAGUCAGUGAGAAGGAAGGAAAAGGGCCAGUGUACUCGCUGGUGGUAGUAGUGGUAGUAAGCAAGCAGGCAGCAAGAGCAGCAUUUUGUCACACCCGCCAUCCGUUUGGAUCCGUCCAAAAUAAACCGCCAGAAUUGAGCCGCCUAUGUACAUCAAGAAGGACCCGAGAAAGGAAGGAGUAACAAUGCGCGAGAAAAAAGGAGGUGCUUUGCAGAAGAUAAAAAAGCGGUUAUCGCACAGCUUCGGCCGAUUAUCGAUAUCGCGCGAGGAAAGCGACGACUCCACGCAGCAGAACAACCACCAUCACCUUCCGCACCAUCACCAUCAUCACCACGGACAUGGUCACAAUCGUGGCGGUAAAGUGCCCUUCAACGGUUACACAUCCGAGGAGUACCUCGACCGACUGGAACCAAACGGCAACAUCCCGGCCGAUAAGUCCUACAGCAAACAUUGGAACAGAGUAAGCGAUCACGAGCGCGUCCAUCGGCAGCUGUCGGUGUCGUCCGACAGCAAGCUGCUGGACGACGACAUCCGGGAGGAAACACGUGUGAUAAUGCGACCUAAGAAGCCACCCCGGCCGAAAUCCGAAGUGUUCUUGAACAAGCACGACCCGCACCCGAGAAGGAAACGGUUUAGUGCAUUCGGGGGUGACUCGCCAUUUGGCAAAUCAGAUGCAUACAUCAAACUAGAGCAACUCGGUGAAGGAUCCUACGCGACGGUAUUUAAAGGUUAUAGCAAUUUAACAAAUCAAGUGGUAGCGUUAAAGGAAAUCAGGUUACAGGAGGAGGAGGGCGCACCGUUCACGGCCAUACGCGAGGCAUCGCUGCUGAAGGAACUGAAACAUUCGAACAUCGUGACCCUGCACGACAUCGUGCACACGCGUGAAACGCUCACGUUCGUCUUCGAGUUUGUGAAUACGGACCUGUCACAGUACAUGGAGCGACACCCGGGCGGACUCGACCACCGAAACGUGCGCCUGUUCCUGUUCCAGCUGCUGCGAGGGCUUUCCUAUUGCCAUAAGCGACGGGUGCUGCACCGGGACGUGAAGCCGCAGAACCUGCUCAUCAGCGAAACGGGCGAGCUGAAGCUGGCCGAUUUUGGGCUGGCCCGUGCCAAGAGCGUCCCCAGUCAUACCUACUCGCACGAGGUAGUCACACUGUGGUACCGACCGCCAGAUGUCCUGCUCGGCAGUACGGAGUACUCCACCUCGCUCGACAUCUGGGGCGUCGGGUGUAUCUUUGUGGAGAUGAUUACCGGCAUGCCGACCUUCCCCGGCAUACGCGACACGUACGAUCAGCUGGACAAGAUCUUCAAAAUUCUCGGCACACCGACGGAGGACACGUGGCCCGGGGUAACGCACCUACCGGGGUAUAAGCUACAAAUGCUAGGCUUUUUCAAAUCCCGCAAGCUAGGGCUGAGCUUUCCCCGGUUGUACGACAUCAACGAGGGCGAAACGAUGGCCACCGCGUUUCUGCAGCUCAAUCCGGACAACCGGAUAAGCGCGGAUGAGGCGCUGCGCCAUCGGUACUUUGCGUCGCUGCCAAAAAAGCUAUACGAACUGCCGGAUGAAUUAUCCAUCUUCACCGUGGAAGGUAUUUACUUGCAUCCGGAACCGAACCGCCACCAUGGGCACCGAGCAUGAGAGUUAAGACAAAGCAAAACCCUAGAUGCAAUACGUUAUUAUUGUUAGUAGUUAAUGUGAUUACCUGCGUUGCUGGUUAGCAGAAGACGCAGUGGAAGAUGAAUUACAAUACAAAUGAAACACAUACACACACACACACCGUCACACCGAUACACACCGAAUUAUUCGCAACCAAUGUGUGUGUACUGUGUGGGUGUGUGUGUGCUUGGCGCGUUAAAGACGAUGGGGCAGCCGGUGUGAGUGCACAGACGGGAGGGAGCAGCAUAAAGCGGCACGAAAGCGAUCAUAGCAAAACGCAAAAGCGCGGAAUGCGCAGAAUAGGAACAAAAACGGGGCGAAUAGCAGACAGAGGCCGGAUUGGGGGAGGAGUGUGGAAAAGCCGAAUCAAAAGUAGAUAUCCUCAAAUUGUUGCCUUUUGCUUAAACAGGCACACGGAGACAAAAACAAAGUCACGCACGCAUGCAUUGACGAUUGAGCCAGCCACGCAAGAAGUCCUCGGGAACCAAAGUGAAGCUAAAGGAUGUGAUCAAUUCAUUCAUACAUCGCUCGCAAACCCUCACCCUACACUCACAGACACACACAUUUCAAACACAUCUGCAUACGGCUUAGUUGCUCACGUUUUGCCAUUGCCUAGUCUUUGGUUUCCAUAUCCCGUCCUGUGCUGCGAAGAGCGUUAAAUGAGCCAAGAGAGCAAGAGAGAGAGAGUUAGAGGGAGUCAAAUUCAUUAUUUUUCUUUUAUUUUGUUUUGUUUUUGAAAAUCGAAGAUGAUACUUCGAAUAGGCAGCAAUUGCUUCAUUUUUAAACACUUUUAGUUUACCUAUUUUGCGCGCACACAAAAGAGAAAGUUUUUAUUGCAAACAGGUAACAAUUCGACCUGCGACCAAUUGCGUAUGCUCUAUAAGCGUGAUAUUAUAUGGGCUAAUUAUGAGUUGUAUCCAGUUUUGUGCAUGAUUUUAUAUCUAUUCCUUGUAUUGCUUUAUUGCAUGCUGCUGGUAUUGUCUAAGGUAGACAAUAACAUGCUUUUUAGUCUCUAUAUCUCUCUUGAACCCUUGGAAAAGAAGUUGGCGGAUGGAUUUGGUCUGCCCUUCCGCAGGCUGUGAGUUCAUCAUACACACACACAAACCCCGUUGUGUGAUUAAUCCGAGGUUGGUAAAAGUAGGUACAUUUACUCAAUUCGCAUCCACAUCAAACUGGUAGGCCUAAACGCGUGCGUGGUUUUUGCGCAGUUGAGUUGAUUUUGCUACUCCGAAACUCUGUGCGCUGGCAAUAUUUCCACCAACAACCCCAUUCAGACACAAACACACACACGUACACAAUUUGCUGCAUUUAGUGGAAAACAUUACCGGGUUAGGCAAUGAAGAGGAAAGAAAGGAAAGGAUUGGGUUGAAGAAAAAAUCCACACAAAAACGUAGGGCAAAAAAACGACGAUCCCGAGAUGAGUGUCACCUGAGUUUUAGGCAAUUCCGUUAUUCUGUUUUACAUCGGAAGGUGUGUGAUGGUGUAGCUGUGUAAGUUGGAUCAUCGUUCUUUCGUUAACAGAGACUCCUUUAUAUCCAGAUCGCGAUGUAAAACACACACAACCCCCGCAACACAAAUUGUUUCACUAGAUCGUCCCUGUAUUAUUACAAAUUAUUGGGGAUACAUUUUACUACACGUAAAUGGUGUGCUGUUCGCCAUCGAUCGUCGCAUGUGUACGAUCGUUUUCCUUUUCCCCUCUUUCUGGUAACGUUAAAGCCCCCCACGUCGUAGCGGAUUAGGAGAUAAAUCAAAGGAAGGAAAAAAAGUAUUGAUACAAAGCAUAGAAAAUGUGUUUUUGUUUUUUUUAUGGGCUUUUUUUGAUUUACGGAUUAUACGUUAAGUGCAAAUGUUUAUUAUUAAAAUGAUCGGAACUGAGACAGAUCGCGGAGCCUAUGUGGGAGAUAGCGCUAGGCGGAGCUAUAGACAGACAGCAAAACCCCCCGUUUCAUACAUAGACACGAAAUAAACAAUCUUUAAACUACA